AGCUGUAUGCCGCCAUUUAAUUGUGACUGUCCGACCGCACCGCACGUGUCGCGAGCUAACACAACCGAAACAUUAAACAAACAAUCAACAUGAGUACUACCAGCGCAUCCUCCGUCCUCCUGUUCAUCCUGAACAUCCUGCACGUGGUGUUCGGGCUCGGGGUCACCUGUGCUGCCAUCUGGUUCUUCGUUGAGGUGCACAGCAUCACCAGUCUGCGCAACACCAACCACUACCUGCUCGACUACAAUGUGUACUGGCCGCAAGCCAUCCCCUGGGUGUUCAUCUUCGUCGGAGUGUUCGUGGUGUGUGUGUCGUGCUGUGGCUUCGUCGGUGCUAGGAAGAAGAGCAGUGGCCUUGUAGUGAUGUACAUCGUGUUCGAGGUGACCGCCAUCAUUGCGCUGGUGACGGCCGCGGUGGUCGCGCUCACCUGCGCCGACAGCAGCUCCACCGACAAGUUCAUCCAGGACACCGUCUGGGACGUGUUCACCACCAUGAAGAACGACCGCAACGUUGAGGUAGACUUCGGUAACAUGGAGAAACGCCUGCAGUGUUGUGGUGCGUCCAGCCCACGUGACUACAUCAACUGGCGCCGCGACUUCCCCGUGUCGUGCUGUGACACAUACUACCACGGUUGGAUCGGCCAGUACAACAUCGACUGCGACUUCACCAACAAGCUGGCCAACGAACGCCAUGGCUGCACUGAGGUGGCCACCAACUACACUCGUAUCAUCAUCCGCGUGCUGUCCGGCGCGUGCGCAUUCACUGCGUUCCUCGGCCUCAUGAACCUGAUCGUGGCUGUCACGCUCUCCAAGAGCAUGAAGAGCAGGCCGAAGCCGAUGCCGGUGCAGCUCGAGUCUGAGAGUAAAAAGGGUUUGUUGUAAGUUAACAUGUUUGUAUAGACGUUGUGUGUGACAAGGUUCCCUCGGACCAGUGUUGAAUAUUGACUUAACUAGUUUUUCCUUUCACGUGAAGCGAGAAAUCGUAGUUAAGUAACAUGUAGGAAUGUUACGUGUGUGCGAAGUGAUAACGCAAUACUAAACAGUUUGCGACAGUAUUUCUUAGUGGAAGUAUUUAUUUUGUUAGGUUUAGUAUAAGUAUUGCGCAUGUGCGGUAUAUUAGCUUUAACGAUGUAUCCACCGGUCGCUCGGUCGCUCGAGCUUAGAGCUUCUAGUCUUAGACGCGACUCGAAGAUUGAAUGCAUUCAAUUGAAUCGUCCAGGCAUGUGCAGUACGGACAAAGAGUUUGAAUGAGUCAAUUUAAGUAGCCUUAACUACGAGGUAAUUGAAUCGGUGGUUAGUCAUAUAAUGGCGCUCUGUCCUCCGUCGCCUGAACUUUACGAAUGAUGACUGACCUUUGUAUUUCUUAAGCAAGAUGGACAAUCAAGAUAAUUGUCUCUGAUAUAUUUUACAUAUUUUGCUGUAAAAUGUUGGUUGAAGUAUAUCAGUGGUGGAUUUUAAUUAGUGCUAUUAUGCAGUAGUGUUACGAUAGUAGAAUAUAUCGAGUGAUAAUGAAUGUUAAUUGACUUCACCGAUCUGGUUUUGAAUCUCAAAAAACAAUACAAUAACGUAUUGUGACGUAGUUUAUACAAAUGGUGUUUUAAUGUUCUACAACUAGUUUUACAAAGACCAGUUUUGUAUUUUAUAUGAUUAUCCUUAGUAUGGUUGUAGUGGCAUUUAAUAAAUUAAUACUUAUAUCGUGAAUCCGUCUGUUAUAUAAACUUUAACCUUUGAGGUAACACUGUUAUGUAGGACACUCAUAUUUUAUGUAUUUAUUAGAAGUUAUGAAAUAGAUAUUUUAAUAUUAUUUCACUUUAGCAUUUUACAUGGUCUUUAAAAACUGUAGCUUCAUGGUUAAGUGACUGGAUUUGUUGUCAAUCAUGAGGCAUUGGGUUCGAAUCCCAAGUCGAGCUUUGUCUUAACGUUUUUUCUUGAGGAAAAAUUCAAAGUAGCAGCUCGAUGGUUGACUGUAGACAUAAAUAAGGAAAUAGUGACAAUAAUACAGUGUAAAUGUGAUGUGAAUUUGUAAUAUUAUAAGUGUAUUUGUUUCGUUUAUGUAAUUUCGAACAUUCCUGUAAAUAGUACUAAGAAGUAAAUUGUAAAGUUUUCAAAUGAUGUUACUGCCAGCCCCAAACCACAGUACCUCAGUUGCGUUAUAGCAGCAAAAAGCAAAAACAACAUUUGAAAACGAACAAAUAUGAACUUUAAUAGCCUAACAUUAAAGGCUUGAUUUGUUACGCAAAAUGUUCUUACGUAAUAUUUAUUUUUCUGUAUGUUUAUCACAUCAUCGUGAAUUAUAGAAACUCUAUAAGUAUGUCGUGUACCUGUGGAGUUGAGAGUUGUGGUCCAAAGAUUAGGCUGGUUACAUACCGGCAGGCGGCGUCAAGCAACCGUCAGGCGAGCUUGACGUCAGCUCGAUAGACAUAAGUAUUGAUAGCAUAGAUUUAAAGUUCAAAUUAUGUUGUUAUUUUAUAAGAGCUUUGUGUAUUUGCAUUUUGAUAAUAAAAUAGA